AUCACCUGUAUCACUGGGACCGAGAGCAGCACAUCGCACAAUAGAUAUAUCUAUAGAUAACCUGUAUCACUGAGACCAGGAGCAGCACAUCGCACAAUAGAUAUAUCUAUAGAUAACCUGUAUCAUUGAGACCAGGAGCAGCACAUCGCACAAUAGAUAUAUCUAUAGAUAACCUGUAUCACUGGGACCGAGAGCAGCACAUCGCACAAUAGAUAUAUCUAUAGAUCACUUGUAUCACUGAUGGAUAAUGCAGAACAGCCGCUUCUCAGUGACUCAAAUAAACCUCACUAUCAGUCUGUGGGCAAAACUCUGCGAGAAGCCGAGAAAGAAUAUGUCAAGACACUUAAUAACAAGAAGAUGUUCCUGGCUGCGUUUUCCGCUGUUCUGGGAAACUUUACAUUUGGCUAUUCUCUGGUUUACCCAUCUCCAGUCAUUCCGGCAUUAGAGAAGAAUGUUUAUCCAGAUCUACACAUUGAAACCAAUGAAGUGUCAUGGUUUGGGUCCGUGUUUGCUCUGGGGGCCUGUCUGGGGGGGAUCAGCUCCAUGAUAUUGAAUGACCGCCUGGGACGUAAACUCAGCAUCAUGUUCUCGGCCCUCCCAAUGGCUGUGGGAUUCCUCCUCAUGGGCAGUGCCCAGCAUAUCUCCAUGUUACUGCUGGGCAGGAUUCUAACUGGCUUUGCUAGUGGUCUAACAUCAUCGUCCAUACCGGUAUAUAUUUCGGAAAUCUCCCACGGUGGGGUCAGGGGUGCACUUGGAGCCUGUCCCCAGAUAAUGGCUGUUUGUGGGGCUCUCAUUCUUUAUGCAUUUGGGAAUUUCUUGUCAUGGCGGUGGUUGGCCGUGGUUGGAGAGGUUCCUGUAUUUAUAAUGCUUGUCCUUAUGUGCUUCAUGCCUGAUUCGCCUCGCUUCCUGAUCUCUAAAGGCAAAGAUAAGAGGGCGCUCAAAGCCCUGCUGUGGCUUCGGGGGGCUGACACUGCGUAUCAAGAAGAAUUUGACAGAAUUAAGAACUCCAUGUGCAUGACUCACUCUCUGUCGUGGGCUGAAAUCAAGGAUCCAUACUACUACAAGCCCAUUCUCAUUGCCAUCCUUAUGAGAUUCCUGCAACAGCUCUCUGGCAUCACACCUAUCUUAACAUAUCUGGAGCCAAUCUUUGAGAGGACCUCCGUGACUUUGAAAGGCGGACUUGAUGCUACCCUGGUGGGAAUUGCGAGGUUACUUUCAGUGAUGGUUGCCGCAGCAAUCAUGGAUAAAGCUGGCAGGAGAAAACUACUCUUUACGUCAGGUUUAUUAAUGAUGGCCUCUUCUCUUGCCAUGGGACUAUACAUCCAUUUCAUGAAGGACAUAGACCAUCAUGACAAUUCUACCAAUCUCACUGUCUUUAUGGCUAACCAGGGCUCAUCUCCAAAUCACACCAACUAUCUGUCUUUCAUCCCAUUGGUCUGUGUUAUGAUAUACAUUAUAGGCUAUGCCUUUGGCUGGGGGCCCAUUACUUGGCUGCUCAUGUCAGAGAUUCUACCCUUGAAAACACGAGGAUUGGCUUCUGGCCUCUGUGUCUUGGUCAGUUGGAUCACUGGGUUCGCCCUCACAGAGGCCUUUUUCCCAGUUGCUAAUGCCCUGGGACUGGAGGUGCUUUUCUUUUUCUUCACGGUUGUCUGCUGUUGUGGUCUGUUCUUCACCUACUGCUGUGUUCCGGAAACCAGAGGGCGGACCUUGGAACAAAUCGAGUCCUUCUUUAGAACUGGACGUCGAUCGUUCAUGAGAUAGGAGAAUUAACGUCCAUCACUCUCACUGACCAUUUCAAAGAACAACGUUAAUAAUAUUUCGAUACACUAAAGGAGGUCAUCCAUCCAAUUCCAGAGACCCAAACAUUCAAGUAUGGCAGCACAGUGUUGUCCACUGGUGAUAGUGGAUUUUAUUGUCUAGUGGCCAUACUGAAUACUGAGUGAAGACUGCUCUCUGGUGUUCCUUAUAAUCUGAUGAAGUAUUAUGUGUUAACACUGGACGUGUGUUAACCUGUGGUUACCUGUAAUGUCUGUUUCACCCAAUGAAGACCUUGAGAUUUUGGUGUCCGGAGGACAGACUAUUAUACACGGACCUCUAAAAGCUCUUUACAAAGAGCGUGUUUUUGCAUCAAUAUGAAGUUCAAUGCAUGUUAAUCCAUUAUUGAA